CUCUGGGACCAACCCACUUGCCCAGUCCUGUCCUGGGGGGGGGCGGGGGUACGGCAACGGCAGAUGGGCGUGCCGGCUGCCAGAUUCCUGAGACCCGCCCUGCAGUGGGCUACGCCCAGCCAGGGAGUCUCCAGAGGUGAGGCCAUUGUUUUAAACCUGGGAGCCAGGAGAGGAGACCCCCACAUUCAAGGGGAGCUCUCGGAGAGACAGUCUGGAGAAAGAACAGCGGCAGCACAGAGCAAGGUGAGGUCCUCUCUGGGGAUCACCCCACUGGCUGAAGAUGAGGCUACUCCUUCUCCUGUGUUUUGUCUUGCCCAGCCUCGUGUGUGCCCAGCAAGCCUGCUCCCGUGGGGCCUGCUAUCCACCUGUUGGGGACCUACUCAUUGGGAGGACCCGGUUUCUCCGAGCUUCAUCCACCUGUGGACUGACCAAGCCUGAGACCUACUGCACCCAGUAUGGCGAGUGGCAGAUGAAAUGCUGCAAGUGUGACUCCAGGUUGCCUCACAAUUACAACAGUCACCAUGUGGAGAAUGUGGCUUCGUCCUCAGGCCCCAUGCGCUGGUGGCAGUCAAAGAAUGAUGUGAGCCCUGUCUCUCUGCAGCUGGACCUGGACAAGAGAUUCCAGCUUCAAGACAUCGUGAUGGAUUUUAAGGCGCCCAUGCCCGCUGGGAUGCUGAUCGAACGCUCCUCGGACUUCGGCAAGACCUGGCGGGUGUACCAGUACCUGGCUGCCGACUGCACCUCUGCCUUCCCCCGAGUCCGCCAGGGCCAGCCUCAGAGCUGGCAGGAUGUUCGGUGCCAGUCCCUGCCCCAGAGGCCUAACGGGCACCUAGAAGGGGGGAAGGUCCAGCUUCACCUCAUGGAUUUAGCCUCUGGGAUUCCAGCCACUCAAAGUCAAAAAAUUCAAGAGCUGGGGGAGAUCACAAACUUGAGAGUCAACUUCACCAGGCUGGCCCCUUUGCCCCAGAGGGGCUACCAUCCCCCCAGUGCCUACUACGCAGUGUCCCAGCUGCGUCUGCAGGGGAGCUGCCUCUGUCACGGCCACGCUGACCACUGCGCCCCCAGGCCCGGAGCGCCUGCCGGCCCCUCCACCACUGUGCAGGUCCAUGAGGUCUGCGUCUGCCAGCACAACACCGCCGGCCCCAAUUGUGAACGCUGUGCGCCCUUCUACAACAAUCGGCCCUGGAGACCUGCGGAUGACCAGGACCCCCAUGAAUGCCAAAGGUGCGACUGCAAUGGGCACUCGGAGACGUGUCACUUCGACCCAGCUGUGUUUGCCGCCAGCCAGGGGGCACACGGAGGGGUAUGUGACAACUGCCGCGACCACACUGAGGGCAAGAACUGUGAGCGAUGUCAGCUUCACUAUUUCCGAAACCGGCGUCCUGGUGCUCCCAUUCAGGAGACCUGCAUCCCCUGCGAGUGUGAUCCUGAUGGGGCAGUGCCGGGGGCUCCCUGUGACCCACUGACCGGGCAGUGCGUGUGCAAGGAGCAUGUGCAGGGGGAGCGCUGUGACCUGUGCAAGCCAGGAUUUACAGGACUCACCUACGCCAACCCGCAGGGCUGCCACCGCUGUGACUGCAGUGUCCUGGGGUCCCGGCGAGACAUGCCAUGUGACGAGGAGAGUGGGCGCUGCCUGUGUCUGCCCCAUGUGGUGGGCCCCAAAUGUGACCAGUGUGCUCCCCACCACUGGAAGCUGGCCAGUGGUCGGGGCUGUGAACCGUGUGCCUGCGACCCCCGCAACUCCCUCAGCCCCCAGUGCAACCAGUUAACAGGGCAGUGCCCCUGUCGGGAAGGGUUUGGUGGCCUGACCUGCAGUGCUGCAGCCAUCCGCCAGUGUCCUGACAGGACCUAUGGAGAUGCAGCCGCGGGAUGCCGAGCCUGUGACUGUGACUUCCGGGGAACUGAAGGCCCAGGCUGUGACAAGGCCUCAGGCCACUGCCUCUGCCGCCCCGGCUUGACUGGGCCCCGCUGCGACCAGUGCCAGCGAGGCUACUGUGACCGCUACCCGGUGUGCGUGGCCUGCCACCCUUGCUUCCAGAGCUAUGACGCGGACCUCCGGGAACAGGCCCGGCGCCUCAGUGGCCUCCGAAACACCACCGCCAGCCUGUGGGCUGGGCCCGGCUUGGAGGACCGCGGUCUGGCCUCUCGGAUUCAGGAUGCGAAGAGCAAGAUUGAGCAGAUCCAAGCAAUUCUUGGCAGCACCGUGUUCCCAGAGCAGGAGGUGGCCUGGGUGGCCAAUGCCAUCCUCUCCCUCAGGCGGAGUCUCCAGGGCCUGCAGCUGGAUCUGCCCCUAGAGGAGGGGACCUUGUCCCUUUCGGGAGACCUGGAGGGUCUGGACAAAAGCUUCAAUCGCCUCCUCAUUAUGUAUCAGCACAAGAGGGAGCAGUUUGAAGAACUACAUGGUGCCGAUCCUUCAGGAGCCUUCCGGAUGCUGACUGCAGCCUACCAGCGGUCAUCCCAGGCCGCUCAGCAGGUCUCCGAAAGCUCCCGCCUGCUGCAACAGCUCAGGGACAGCUGGAGAGAGGCAGAGGGGCUGGAGCAGCAGAUCGGAGCAGGAGGAGGGGCCAGUGGCCCCCAGCUCUCGGCCCUGAGGCUGGAGAUGGCUUCCUUGCCUGAUCUGACACCCACUAUCAACAAGCUCUGUGGGGGCUCCAGGCAGACGGCCUGCACUCCAGGAGCAUGCCCUGGAGAACUGUGUCCCCGAGAUAAUGGCACAACCUGUGGCUCCCACUGCAGAGGCACUCUCCCCAGGGCGGGUGGGGCCUUCUGGACGGCGGGGCAGGUGGCCAAGCAGCUGCAGGGCUUCAAUGCCCAGCUCCAGCAGACCAGGCAGAUGAUCAGGGCAGCCGAGGAAGCUGCGUCGCAGGUGCAAUCAGAUGCUCAGCGCCUGGAGACCCAGGUGAGCACCAGCCGCUCCCAGAUGGAGGAAGAUGUCCAACGCACGCGGCUCCUCAUCCAGCAGGUCCGGGACUUCCUCUCAGACCCUGACACUGACGCAGCCACCAUCCAGGAGGUCAGCGAGGCCGUGCUGGCCCUGUGGCUGCCCACAGACUCUGUCACAGUCCUGCAGAAGAUGAAUGAGAUCCAGGCCAUUGCAGCCAGGCUCCCCAACGUGGACCUGGUGCUGUCCCAGACCAAGCAGGACAUUGCUCGGGCGCGCAGGCUCCAGGCUGAGGCUGAGCAGGCCAGGAGCCGCGCCCAUGCAGUGGAGGGCCAGGUGGAGGACGUGGUAGGGAACCUGCGGCAUGGCACGGUGGCUCUGCAGGAAGCUCAGGACACCAUGCAAGGCACCAGCCGCUCCCUCCGGCUUAUCCAGGACAGGGUUACGGAGGUUCAGCAGGUACUGGGGCCAGCGGAAAGACUGGUGACUGGCAUGAUGGAGCAGCUGGGUGACUUCCGAGCACGAAUGGAGACGCUCCGCCGCCUGGCCAGGCAGCAGCGGGCGCAGGCAGCCCAGGCCCAGCAGCUCGCGGAGGACGCCAGUGAGCGGGCACUGAGUGCCCAGGAGGGAUUUGACAGAAUAAAGCAAAAGUAUGCUGAGCUGAAGGACCGGUUGGGUCGGAGCCCCAUGCUGGGAGAGCAGGGCAGCCGGAUCCUGAGCGUCAAGACGGAGGCAGAGGAACUGUUCGGGGAGACCAUGGAGAUGAUGGACAGGAUGAAAGACAUGGAGUCAGAGCUGCAGCGGGGGAGCCAGGCCAUCAUGCUUCGCUCGGCGGACCUGACAGGGCUGGAGAAGCGCGUGGAGCAGAUCCGUGACUACAUUAACGGGCGUGUGCUCUACUAUGCCACUUGCAAGUGAUGCUCCAGCUUCCAGCCGCUGCCCUCUUUGCUUCUGGGGGGGGGGGGGGGGGCAGAUGGGGUUUGAAUACUUUCCAGCUCGAGGAGACUUUUAUGCAACCUCCAGGACCACCUGGACCACCCCUGGUGUGCAGCUAUUAAGAUUACUCUGGGCUGCAGCUGAGCCUGAGCAGAUGGGACCACUACAUCCAAGGGAGAGAGAUCGUAGAGGUGGGCCAUGUCACUGUGACUAGCAGCUCUCAAGUGGAGGGAGCUUGGCUGGGCAGUGUCCUCACCCUUCAUCCUCCAGUGAGGCUGAAUCCUGGACCAACACAAAAACUUCACAGAAAGUGAUGUACAAAUGAAAAGUCCAAUAAAAUCUUUGGAAAGAAA